AUGGAGAACCUCAUGACUUAUGAGGAUGAUGAUGGAAGUGUUAGAUUGCUACCCGGGUAUAAGUUUGAUCCCACUGAUGAGGUUCUUGUGGAUUUCUACCUGAAGAGAAGAGUUUUUGGCCAGCCUCUUCCUUUUGAAAUCAUCCCAAAUUUUGAUGUGUUUCAGACUGAACCUUGGGAUGGAAAGAUUUUCAAUCAGCGCAAGUGCUUCUUCCACAACAUAAGUGGUCGUGACAUUGAAAGCCUUGACAUAAGAGUUGUUGGGAGUGGUGAGUGGAGAGCUAUGGAGAAAGAAAAAAAUGUUCAUAUACAUCAAAACAAUGAGGUGAUUGGAAAGAGGAACACCCUGAAUUUCUGGGAAGUGCAAGGAUCUUAUGCUAAAAGAACUGAAUGGGUGAUGCAUGAGUUCCGCCUUGUGUCAAUAGCUAACCCAUCUAAGAUGGCAAAGUGGGUCGUGUAUCGCAUCUUUCAGAAUAAAGAUCUAAAGAAGGUGAAGAAUUCAAACAGGUCUAAUUAG